GGUGGAAAUGGGCGAUAUCGACAUUGUUAAAGUCUUGAUAAAAGCUGGAGCAAGAGUAGACUGCAAAGACAACUCCGGUAAAACCCCGCUACUGUUGGCUUUGGAGGAUGGAAAAUUCAAAAUUGCAGAGUAUCUUAUAAAACACGGAAGUGAUGUCAACGAAGUUGAUGACCUUGGCCAAUCUGCCCUCCAUCUUGUUGUCUCCGGACAACACAAUGAUUGUGCUCGAAUUAUACGAAUUUUGUUUAAAUGCAGAUACGUCAUGAAAGAUGUAGAUAACUGGCUAUCUCCCGAAGAUUUAGCUGCUAACCAAAAACUUCAGUCGAUUUAUCUCAAGCAAAUUCAAAAUGCAAAUGCUCCAGUUAAGGUCAAUUCAAUGGAGUCGAUAGCCAUCCCUAGGGAAUGCUUUGAAUCCUGAAGAGAGAGAGAGCAUCAUUGCAAGACAUUAUCCAUAUCCUAAUGGAAAACUCCGGUGCCUGCUGAACGGUCCUAUGCAGAAUCGUGAGCUGCAACAUCUCCGAAUCACGACAGGAUUUAUUAACCGAUGAUUCUAAGAUACGACUGGACAAGAUUCCCGAAAAUAAUGAGAAAUUGCUUUUUUAAAAGUUACUUUCCAUAUCUGUAAGUCGUUUAUAAAUUCUAAAGUGAAUAAACUGUUUUAGCUUUU